CACUUACAUGACCUUAUGAGAAUUUUUACAUGUGUUGUAGACAGCCUACGAGAUUUGGAAGAAAGAUGCGAAGACGCAGUUUUCAAAGUGUGCGAUGCUAGAGAACGUUAUUCAAAAAAAUGUGCCGAGGGACUCGAUAACUAUCUAUGUUUGAAAACCAGGCUGGUGAUGAAAUCCAUUGUCCUUGAAUCAAUACCACUGGAUCUAAAUUUUGAAAUUCCCUCACAAAUGGCUGUACAAGUACGAAGAAAUUAUGAACAAGAUCAGCUAGUUCAUUGCAGCUGGAAUGACCGUGCUCAACAGUUACAGCAUAUGAUGGAUAAAAUACACGAUUUAAAAAUUGCACUUAAACAAGUUGAGGAUAAUAGAAAUUUUGAACUACGCCAUCGUACUAGAUAAACUGGGAAUUUUCCCGCAAAUUCUCAGAUGUUUUGGGUGUACACGGAUGCGAUGUUCGCUGCAUAGAAGCAAAAAUGUAUUGAGCCCUGGAUCACAAAAUGUGCAAUUGUGACAUGACUUACAUACCUUGGACUAUCUGAUCAAACAUUGGUAUCCUAAUCUUUUUGGUGAAAGAAGCAAAUGUUUGAUAUCGGAAACAAUUUAUUUAUAGAAAAUUCAAAUUAAAUAAUUUUGAGGACUUACUCAUUACAGGCCAUUGCUAAAAAUCACACAAUAUGUUGAAUCUUUUAGCUGUCCCCUUUCAUUGAAAUGUACUAAUCCAAGUUACCCGAUGUACCUCCGUCGUUUGGCCCGUGCUUUAAUGUGACAUAUCCGUUUCACGGAAUUCUAUUCAUACAUCAAAAUUUUUAUAUUCAGACCAGUAUAACGUAGUGUUUCUUAUGAACUGUUACUUUAUAUCAAGACAAACCGAUGCUACAUAAUGUAAUAGUUUUCCCUGAACUGUCAAAUAAUAAGGAGAUAUUAAUAAUUUAGAAAAAUACAAGGUCAUGCGCUCCGUAGUUGUGGAUACUUUUUGACCAUCGGUGUACCAUGAAAUUCAUACCUGCAGAAAAAUAAUUGAAUAAAAUUCAACCAUACGAUGCAUAAGAUGCACUUGUUUCAUGAACU